ACGAUUAGAUAAAUUCAAGGAUGGCUAUCUACAUAAAAUGAUCACAAACUGAUAUAAACAUUAAUGCAUUGUAUCUAAAUUAUUAAUAAGUUAUCCUUAACACAAAUAAAGCACAAUAAUGUAUAACUCAAUGAUUUGAAAGGUUCUGCGCAAAAGUUCGGGCAUCUUUGACAUCACGCGGACACCUUGACGCACAGACGCACGUGUCCCCUUGUUUUCGUGUACUUCAUGAAUCUCUUCUACAGAUCACUUCUUUUAAAUUAUGUGGAAAUGUAUACAAAGGUCGUGCAUUCACGUGUCAGCGUCCUCUCUAAAGAAGACGCCUCUGCACAUGAAGGGGAAGACUGCUGCUGAUCAGAGAUGGCUGGUGCGGCAGCUCAAUGACCCUUUCGUUAAAGCUGCUCACUUGCAGAAUUACCGCUGUAGAAGCGCAUUUAAACUGAUCGAGAUAGAUGAUAAAUACAGACUUCUGAAACCUGGUUUAAGUGUCAUAGAUUGCGGUGCUGCGCCUGGUGCAUGGAGUCAAGUUGCCGUUCAGAGAGUCAAUUCAACAGCAGAAAGUGCAGAUCUUCCAAAAGGAAGUGUAAUUGGAAUAGACAUAUUACGCAUCGCCCCUUUGGAUGGAGCUCAGUUUCUGUCCAAUCACGACAUCACUGCUCCUUCGACUCACGUGGCGCUGGAGAGGCUCCUCCCUGAAGCUCGAGCAGAUGUCAUCCUCAGUGACAUGGCCCCCAAUGCCAGUGGGCUCAGGGAACUGGAUCAUGAAAGACUGGUCGCCAUGUGUCUAUCAGUGCUGGACUUAGCUGACAAGGUUUUGCGUCCCGGGGGCUCUUUGAUUUGUAAAUACUGGGAUGGAGCUCUGGCCCAUAAGCUCCAGCAGAGACUUUCCUUUGUGUUUCAAGAUGUAAGAACUGUAAAACCAAAAGCAAGCAGGAAGGAGUCGGCAGAGCUCUUCUUUCUGGCGCGGAUGUUUAAAAUGAGAUAGGAUGAAGUCUUUUUCAUGCAAAUGCAAUUUUAAUAUAUGAAAUAUAAAUAAAUAAUAUAUUUAAUAAAAGAAAGUAGUUUGGUUCGUAUUGCCUGCCU